AGAAAGAGGCGGUGGGGCGCGCAUGUCCAGUUCUUCAAUGCAGCCUGUUCUCCCAGCUCGCCAAUCAUUCCAGCGAGUUUCCCCACUCUUCCUCUCUCUCCCCCCGCGUCUUUACAUGUGCGCCGGAUUCACAGCUCUCCUGUGCGGACACUGCAGGGGAAGAAAAGGGACGAAUUCAACAUGGAUUAUAAAUCCUAACUGGGGGAAAUAAAAAAUAAAGCGAGGACAAAAAAAAAAGAGAACCCUUCUCGUCCUCUGACGCGUUUUUAUCUCUUGCACAUAUUUCCUUCUUUCUAAAUGUCUCUGAACAGUUUCUGAAGGUAUUCGAGGAAAGGAACAAACAUGAGGAUUAUUCUUUUUUCUUGGCAGUUUCUUGGGGUGUAUUCCGCCCUUUAUUGGGGACUGGCGACAGGGGCUUUCCCCAGCUCAGUGCAGAUAGGUGGACUGUUCAUUAGGAAUACAGAUCAGGAAUACACAGCAUUCCGACUAGCUAUCUUCCUCCACAACACCAGCCCUAACGCUACGGAAGCUCCCUUUAACCUGGUCCCACACGUUGACAAUAUAGAGACAGCCAACAGCUUUGCAGUGACCAAUGCAUUUUGUUCACAGUACUCGAGGGGGGUCUUUGCCAUCUUUGGCCUUUACGACAAGCGGUCGGUGAACACGUUGACGUCGUUUUGUGGAGCCCUGCACAUCAGCCUGGUGACGCCCAGCUUUCCCACCGAGGGCGAGGGACAGUUCACGCUGCAGCUGAGGCCGUCCAUCAGAGGAGCUCUGCUGUCCCUGCUCGACCACUAUGACUGGAACCGAUUUGUCUUCCUGUAUGACACAGACAGAGGUUAUGCAAUACUGCAGGCAAUUAUGGAGAAAGCGGGGCAGAAUGCAUGGCAGGUGAGCGCGAUCUGUGUGGAGAGUUUCAACGACGCAUCGUACCGCAGGAUCCUGGAGGACCUGGACCGACGGCAGGAGAGGAAAUAUGUGAUCGACCUAGAGCCUGAGAGACUCCAGACCAUCCUGGAACAGGCUGUCAGUGUGGGGAAGCAUGUUAAAGGUUACCAUUACAUCAUAGCAAACCUGGGAUUUAAGGACAUCUCCCUGGAAAGAUUCAUGCACGGUGGCGCCAAUGUGACUGGUUUCCAGCUGGUGGACUUCAGCAAAGAUAUUGUCAUAAAGCUCAUGCAGAGGUGGAACAAACUGGACCAGCGAGAAUAUCCUGGAUCUGAAAGCCCACCUAAGUAUACCUCAUCUCUCACGUAUGAUGGUGUUCUUGUAAUGGCCGAGGCAUUCCGCACCCUCCGCCGUCAGAAAAUCGACAUCAGUCGCCGUGGCAAUGCCGGGGACUGCCUUGCUAAUCCAGCAGCUCCCUGGAACCAAGGGAUAGAUAUGGAGCGAGCCCUGAAACAGGUGCGCAUUCAGGGCCUUACUGGAAAUAUUCAGUUUGAUCACUACGGUCGGAGGAUCAAUUACACUAUGGCCGUGUUUGAACUGAAAAGCAAUGGACCGCUAAAGAUUGGCUACUGGAAUGACAUCGACAAGCUUGUGUUGGAACAGGAUGGAAAUGGUCUUUCCGGCGAAGGCUCACUGACGGAGAAUCGGACGGUUGUCGUGACAACAAUCAUGGAGGGUCCGUAUGUGAUGCAGAAGAAGAACUGGGAGCUUUAUGAAGGCAACGACCAGUAUGAAGGAUAUUGUGUAGACCUGGCUUCAGAGAUUGCCAAGCACAUCGGAAUCAAGUACAAGAUCUCUAUUGUUCCUGAUGGAAAAUAUGGAGCCAGAGACCCAGAGACUAAAAUAUGGAAUGGCAUGGUGGGAGAGCUUGUGUAUGGGAAAGCAGAAAUUGCUGUGGCCCCACUGACCAUAACAUUGGUGCGAGAAGAAGUGAUUGAUUUCUCUAAACCUUUCAUGUCUCUUGGAAUUUCCAUCAUGAUCAAAAAGCCUCAGAAGUCUAAACCAGGUGUCUUCUCCUUCCUGGACCCGCUGGCCUAUGAGAUAUGGAUGUGCAUAGUGUUUGCUUAUAUUGGAGUCAGCGUUGUCUUGUUUUUGGUAAGCCGCUUUAGUCCGUACGAGUGGCACGCAGAGGAACCAGAGGAGGGCGCCACAGAGCAGGGCCCCACUGACCAGCCUCCAAAUGAGUUUGGCAUCUUUAACUCUCUGUGGUUUUCUUUGGGAGCCUUCAUGCAACAAGGCUGUGACAUCUCACCAAGGUCACUGUCUGGACGUAUUGUCGGAGGUGUGUGGUGGUUCUUCACUCUGAUCAUCAUCUCCUCUUACACAGCCAACCUGGCUGCUUUCCUCACUGUGGAGCGGAUGGUCUCGCCUAUAGAAAGUGCAGAGGACUUGGCUAAGCAGACAGAGAUAGCCUAUGGGACACUGGAUUCAGGCUCCACGAAGGAGUUCUUCAGGAGGUCCAAGAUAGCCGUUUACGAGAAGAUGUGGUCUUACAUGAAGUCCGCAGAGCCGUCCGUGUUCACCAGAACCACGGCAGAGGGCGUGGCGAGAGUGCGCAAGUCCAAGGGGAAGUACGCCUUCCUCUUGGAGUCCACCAUGAACGAAUACACGGAGCAGCGGAAGCCUUGUGACACUAUGAAAGUGGGAGGAAAUCUGGACUCCAAAGGAUACGGCAUUGCCACACCGAAAGGCUCACUGUUAAGAACCCCGGUAAACCUUGCAGUUUUGAAACUGAGCGAAGCAGGCGUCUUAGACAAACUGAAAAACAAAUGGUGGUAUGACAAGGGAGAGUGUGGACCCAAGGACUCUGGAAGUAAGGACAAGUCGUCUCAGGCUCUAAGCCUGUCCAACGUGGCUGGAGUCUUCUAUAUCCUCGUGGGCGGCCUGGGUCUGGCCAUGCUGGUGGCCCUGGUCGAGUUCUGCUACAAGUCACGGGCCGAAGCCAAGCGCAUGAAGCUCUCUUUCUCUGAAGCCAUGCGGAAUAAGGCCCGACUGUCCAUCACGGGAAGCGUGGGGGAGAAUGGCCGCGUCCUGACUCCAGACUGCCCCAAAGCCGUGCAUGCUGGUCACGCCUCCCUCCGACACCCCGGCCUUGCAGUGGUCUCCUCCGGACUGCCCUGAAAACCAAAAACACCUGCUGUGCCUUAACCACACACACAAACAUGAAGACUAUGAAAUCAAAA